ACUUUGCUUUUCGAGGCCCAUCAUUAAUGCAGGCCGGAAAGUCAACAUGUGGAAAUAUGCCAGACACACACACUCACACACACUGCCACAUGUAUAUAGAAAUUAGAUGAACUUGCAUUCAACGCUCGCUUUGUUAAUUAAACAUAACGACGCAGAGCGAGAAAUUCUCAAGUGAAUAAUUAAAAACAACAAGCGAGCUGCUACAAAACUUUUUGGCUGCAAAACUUUUCCACUGAAUUGAAAAAGAGCAAAAAAAAAAAAACAGGAAAAACUUAUCCAAAAUGUCAACGGGCCAGUUCAGUGCAGUCUGAUGCUAUAUAAGCCGUGUGCCGCCAUUGGGCUGAUGCACAGACUGCCGCCAGGAUGCUCUUCAGACUGAUCAAACCCGCUCCGCUGACGGAGCAAAUGAAAUCGCGCGACGGCUGCAUCUACUUGUAUCGCGCCAUGAAAUUUAUUGGCUGGCGACCGCCGAAGUCGGGAGUGCUGCGAUAUGUUUAUCUCACGUGGACCAUGCUCACGUUUGUGUGGUGCACCAGCUAUUUGCCACUUGGCUUUCUGGGCAGCUACAUAACGGAGAUCAAGCAUUUCUCACCUGGCGAAUUUCUCACCUCGCUGCAGGUGUGCAUCAAUGCGUAUGGCUCCUCGGUGAAGGUGGCCAUCACCUAUACGCAGCUGUGGCGCCUGAUCAAGGCUAAGAAUAUCUUGGAUAAGCUGGAUCUGCGCUGCACCAGUGUCGAGGAGCGCGAGAAAAUCCAUUUGGUUGUGGCACGCGGCAAUCAUGCCUUUCUCAUUUUCACCUUUGUCUACUGCGGCUAUGCGGGCUCCACAUACCUAAGCUCUGUUCUGAAUGGCCAUCCGCCUUGGCAGCUCUAUAAUCCUUUCAUCGAUUGGCACGAUGGCGCACUCAGGCUAUGGGUAGCCUCGACCCUAGAGUACAUUGUUAUGUCAGGUGCUGUGCUGCAGGAUCAGCUGUCGGACACAUAUCCGUUGAUCUACACACUUAUUCUGCGCACACACCUGGAUAUACUGAGGGAACGCAUACGCAACCUGCGCACGGAUCCAGCCAUUACCGAUGACGAGAACUACGAGGCGCUGGUCAAUUGUGUCAUCGAUCACAAGCUGAUCAUUGAAUACUGCGAUCUCAUUCGUCCCGUCAUCUCGGGCACAAUUUUCACUCAGUUUCUGCUGUGCGGCCUCGUCCUGGGCCUCACUCUGAUCAAUGUUUUCUUCUUCUCGGAUCUGUGGACGGGCAUCGCCUCGUUUCUGUUCGUCAUCACCGCACUGCUGCAGACGUUCCCCUUCUGCUACACCUGCAAUCUGAUUAUGGAUGACUGCGAGGCUCUGUCGCACGCUCUCUUUCAGAGUAAUUGGAUUGAUUCGGGCCCCCGCUACCAGUCGACUCUAUUGUACUUUCUGCACAAUGUGCAGCAGCCCAUCGCUUUUAUAGCCGGCGGCAUCUUUCCGAUAUCAAUGAGCAGCAACAUCAGCGUCGCUAAGUUUGCUUUUUCGGUCAUAACCAUCGUGAAGCAAAUGAAUAUUGCGGAUAAAUUUAAGAGCGAGUGAAAGUUGAGGACACACAGGAAAUA